UUGAAGACGCAUACCAAUUAUUCGGGCACCAAGGGACGAGCAGACAAGAAGAAACGAGAAGAAAAUUUAAAGAAAAAUGUAUAAAUUACUAGCAAUUUUUCUUGCAAUUGGUGCCAUUAACGUGGCUGUGGUACAAUCAAAAUCAACACUUAGGGUACAAGAUGUCGACGGAAAAAUAUUGAAAUUGUUUGGCAUUUCAAACGGUGGAACAAAUAAAGUCGAAAUCGAUGAUAUAGUAGAAGAAUUUGAAGAUUUAUCAGAUGAUAAAGUUUCCACAUUCGGACCGGCGUUCAUAAAGUUUGCUAAUUCAUUAUUUAAAGUAAAUGUAGCAAAAAAUGACAUCCAAUCCGACGUCUAUGACUUAGAAUUCAAUCCUCAGUCAAUUGCCAACUAUUUUGAUCGAUACGAUGGAAGUUUGACUUUGGAAAACGUCAUCGUUGUAAUCAUGAACGUUGUUCCGAGUCUUAAAGAAGCUCUCAGUUCAAGUGAAUCCAGUGCUACGACAACCCAACAAUCUACAAGUGUUUUUGUGAAAUUCGUGUCAUCAAGUCAGACAAUGACAAUUAAAUCCAUUGUGGCUGUUCUGAAACAAUUCUCAAAACAGGGUGUUAAAAAGUUUGGUCCGGUCUGUAUACAAAUCGCAAAAUUGUAUGGCUACACAAUUACUGAAAAAAAUAUACCAUCAAACGUUUAUAAGUUGUCAAUAAACAUUGAAACAAUUAUUAAUAAAUUUAACAAAUUAAGUGAACCCAUGAAUCCAAAAUCUUUUUUCAAAAUGUUUGGGAUUAACAUAAAUAUCAAAACCACAACCACACCAGCUCCAACAACUACUGCCAAAAGCUCCAUUUCAACUGCUUUUAGGAAUUUUGUUACAACAAGCAAUGAAGUGUACGUCGAGCUAGUAAAGUAUGGGCUUGAACAACAAUCAAGUUAUGGUGUUACAACCUUGGGUCCAUGCAUUAUCGAAAUGGGAAAAUUAUACGGUUUUGAACUAAGUGAAAAAGACAUACCGUCCAGCCUUAUCAACUUAAAAAUGAACUACACUAAAGUUUUUUCGACAUUGAACAGUAAAACCGAACCAGUGGAUGUCCUAGAUUUUUUCAAACUAUUUGGUAUCAAUUUCAAUUUCAGUGGUUCAACCACCACAGCAGCUCCAACUACCACCACUCAAAGCACUAUUUCAAAUGACUUUAGGAAUUUUGUAACGACAAGCAAUACAGUGUACGUUUCUGUGAUCAAGUACGUUCUUGAAAAGUAUUCAAGUCAAGGUGCUGAAACUUUCGCUGAUUGCCUUAUCGAAAUGGCCAAUUUGUUUGGAUAUGAAAUAUCCGAAGAAAGCAUACCAUUAAAGUUCUUCAAAGUAAAAGCAAACUACACAUCUAAGUUGGCUGCAGUGGAAGAUGAAACCGAAACAUUUGAUGUACAAUCUUUUUUCAAUAUCUUCGGCGUAACAAUUAAUUUCCCUUCAACCACAACCACACCAAUGCCGGAGGACAAUACCAUCGAUACGAACACUAUUUCAGCUGUUUUCAACAGUUUUAUCUCAUCAAACACUGAAGUAAAAGUCAUAUUGGUCGAGUAUUUGCUUCAGGAGUAUGCAAAUAAAGGUACUAAAACGUUCGGUUCAUUCUUUAUCGAUUGGGCCGAAUUGUGUGGAUUUAAUAUCGAUGAAGAAGACAUUCCAUCGAAUAUCUUUAACUUAAAGGUAGACUUCGCAGCCGUUUUGUCUAUAUUGAGGAACAAAUCCGGAACAGUCAGUGUCCAAAAUAUUUUUGAACUAUUAGAUAUCAUCAUAAACUCAAGCACACCAUCCACAACACCAAUUCCAGAUGAAAACACUAUUGAUACGACCACCGUUUCUACUGACUUCAAUAAUUUUAUUACGUCAAGUAAUAAAGUAUACGUUGCUUUGGUCGAGUAUGUACUCGAGAAGUAUUCGAUUCAAGGUGCUGAAACUUUUGGUCAAUGCCUUAUAGAAAUGGCCAAUUUAUUUGGAUACACAAUAUCUGAGGAAAGCGUAUUAUCGCGUAUCUUCAACUUACAAGUAAACUACACAUACAUAUUGUCCCAAGUGAACGAAGAAAACGAAACAUUCGAUGUAAAAGAUUUUUUCAAUUUAUUCGGACUCAAAUUCAUUCCAUCCAUAACCAAACCAAAUUCAGAGGACCAUACAAUUGAUACGACCAACAUUUCAACUGCUUUGGAGAAUGUUGUUACUUCAAGCACUAAAGUGAAAGUCAUUUUAGUAGAGUAUAUACUUCAAGAGUGCGUCAAUAAAGGUUUUGACACGUUCGGUUCAUUCUUCAUCAAAUGGGCUAAAUUGUGUGGAUUUGAGCUCACCGAGAAUGAUAUGCCUUCAAACAUUUUCAGCUUAGAAGUGGACCUUUCAGCCAUAUUGUCUAUCUUGAACAAUAAAAGCGGAUCAAUCGACGUUUCAUACCUUUGCCAGCUCUUUGGAAUCACCAUCAAAACACCUUCGUCAACUACAUCAAUUUCUACAGCCAUACCAAUUCUAGAGGACAACAUUAUUGAUUCAACCAAUAUUUCAAUUGAUUUCAAGAACUUUAUUACUUCAAAAACUGAAAUGGAGGUUAUAUUGAUCGAGUAUAUACUUCAAAAAUACUCGAAUAGAGGUUCUUCAACUGUGGGUCCAUUCAUUAUUGAAUGGGCAAAAUUGUGUGGAUUUGAACUCACCGAAAAAGUUAUACCUUCGAACAUUUUCAACUUACAAGUAGACUUCCCAUUCAUUUUGUCUAUUGUGAACGAAAAAAGGGGAUCAAUGAACAUUUCAUACCUCUGUAAACUCUUUGGAAUCACCAUUAUUUAUGAAAUACCUAAUACAGAUAUUAAUGUUCCGGAUACGGUUUCAAGCGAUUUUAAGAUUUUCAUUACCACCAAAGAAGCAAGCACUAUUAUUAUUAGGUAUAUAGUUGAAGGCCUGUGGAAAAAAGGCUCUACAAUUUUGGGUCCAUUCCUCAUCGAAUUCGCCGAUAUGUUUAGAAUUACAUUAACUCAAUAUGAUAUAUCAUCCAUCAUAUACAAUUGUCCAGUAACGAGCACAAUUAUUGAUGCUGUAUUAUAUCGGAUAUCACUGAUUGAAUAUAUCACAAUUGAAGACCUAUGCAAAUUAUUUGGAAUAACAAUUAUUUUCGACGGUAGUUCUACCAACACACCUGAUUGUGAAGGUGUAACAGAAACUCCCAAGGAAGUUUCGACUAGUGUUUCAGAACUAGCUACAGAUGUACCAAAAGAUGUAACAGAAACUCCCCAGGAAGUUUCGACUAGUGUUUCAGAACUAGCUACAGAUGCACCAAAAGAUGUAACAACAGAAACUCUUCAGGAAUUAUCCACAAACAAUAAUCAAACCGAAGUUCCUGCGGUGUCAACUCAAACGCCUGAAGAGUCGUCCACUGCAACUGUCUAUGUAGUAACCGUAACAGAAACCCCAGAUGAUGAAGACCCCUCCUACAGUAUUUUAUUGGACUUAGUUUCGACCGAUAAUGAAGUGAGCGUUAGUGAAAUUAAGGCUCUACUCCAAGAAAUACUAAAAGGCGGUAAUAAGACGUAUGCUAAUCUUCUUAUCAAUCUUGCUGAAAAAUAUGAAAUUCCAUUUGAGCAAAGUAAAAUGCCAGAAGACCUUUACAAGUAUAAUGCAGACUAUUCAGGUGCUCUUGCAGCACUGGAUGAAAAGAAUGGAUCACUUAAAAUGGAAGGACUCCUUGAACUAUUUGGAAUUAAAAUCCAUAAGUAGAUUUUGAUUUAAAGCUGUACUGAGACCUUUUUUAUUUCAGUCAAAUAAAGCAAAAGUGAUUUAAACAAA